CGCCUGCCGCCCUCACCUCCCCGCCAGUGUUUUGUUGCUGAGAGCCAGGCGCCAUAUUGUCUCUGUGUAAUAUACGGCAGUCGCUGUGUCUGUGGUGACUUAAGACGGAAAGAUGCUGUACCUGGAAGAUUACCUAGAGAUGAUCGAGCAGCUUCCCAUGGAUCUGCGCGACAGGUUUACGGAAAUGCGGGAGAUGGACUUACAGGUGCAGAAUGCUAUGGACCAACUGGAACAGAGAGUUGGGGAGUUUUUUGCCAAUGCCAAGAAAAACAAACCUGAAUGGAGAGAAGAGCAAAUGAGUUCUAUAAAAAAAGAUUACUUUAAAGCGUUGGAAGAUGCAGAUGAAAAAGUACAACUAGCAAAUCAAAUUUAUGAUUUGGUAGAUCGACAUCUAAGAAAAUUGGACCAAGAACUGGCAAAAUUCAAAAUGGAGCUAGAGGCUGAUAAUGCAGGGAUUACUGAAAUACUGGAAAGAAGGUCUCUGGAAUUAGAUACACCAUCACAGCCAGUUAAUAACCAUCACGUUCAUUCUCAUUCUUCAGGAGAGAAAAGGAAGCACAAUUCAUCUUCCCAUCAUUCUACAACAGACCAUGUACCAGAGAAAAAGUUCAAGUCUGAGGUGUUGUUAUCAACUCUUACUUCUGAUGCUUCCAAAGAAAAUACACCAGGUUGUAGAAACAAUGUGUCCUCAUCCUCCUCCUCUUCUUCCUCCUCCACCACUAAUGUUUACACCGUGAAUUCUUCUCAGCCAAUUGCAUCAUAUAAUUUGAGCUCUCUGUCCUCUGGAGCUAGUACUGGGGCUGGUGCAGGAGCUGGUGCUAUUACAAUGGCAGCUGCUCAGGCAGUUCAGGUUACAGCACAGAUGAAAGAAGGUAGAAGAACAUCAAGCAUGAAAGCCAGUUAUGAAGCCUUUAAAAAUAAUGACUUCCAGCUUGGGAGGGAGUUCUUGUCUAGAGAAUCAUCCACUUACUCCUCUUCAGCUCUGGCUUCUACGCUAACUCAGACUUUGACAUCUUCAGCCACCACAGAUUCUAGAAGUGGGCGAAAAAGCAAGAGCAACAAUAAAUCAUCAAGCCAGCAGUCUUCAUCCUCCUCGUCCUCUUCCUCUCUGUCUUCUUGCUCAUCGUCAUCUGCUUUAGCGCACGAACUGUCUCAGCAGGCAGCAGCCAUUCCAGAAUCCGAUUCGAAUAGCCAAGUUGAUUGGACAUAUGAUCCAAAUGAACCUCGUUACUGCAUCUGUAAUCAGGUAUCCUAUGGUGAAAUGGUAGGCUGCGACAACCAAGAUUGCCCUAUUGAAUGGUUUCAUUAUGGAUGUGUUGGAUUGUCGGAGGCUCCUAAAGGCAAAUGGUAUUGCCCACAGUGUACUGCUGCCAUGAAGAGAAGAGGAAGCAGACAUAAAUAACAUUUAAAAAACAUACUUAACGCAAAAAAAGAUCUUUUUUUUUAAGCAGACAUUAACACCAUUUCAUGUCAUGACAGUCAGUUUGCUUGGUAUAUUGUAUGGUAACUGGUGUAUUCGGCAGAAUAGUGUUCCAGGGGAUCAGCACCUCAUGAUUUGUGUGUACUCAUAGUUGGAAUCAUUGACUCACAUUUCUGUCCUUUAAAGGAUUUCAAUAUUGCUUUUUAAAAAAAAAACAAAAAAAAACAUUUUUUUGCAACUUAUAUUUACAUUUAUAUAUUAAAGAGGUAUCUCUUGCACGAAUUCCAAGUUGUUAUGUAACAUUGUAUAAAAAUGUCACAGGAUCUACUACAAAGUAUGAGUAUGCAGUAAUUUCUAAACACUUUAUAAACAUAUUUUGUUUCCUUUUGAAACAAAUUUCAGCUGGCUGAAGAAAAUGAGUUUUGUUUUUGGGCUGGCAUCCAUUAAGUGUAUACAUACAUAAUUAUUUAAUCUAUUAUGUGAGGAGUAAAAUGUUGCCAUUGUUACUACACAAAAUAUAGUGUAGUUAAGUAUCAAUGUGAUUAAGUUUUUUUACAGGAUGUAUUUUUUGUGUGUGUUCAUUAUUACAUAGUGAUAUUAGCAAAUAAAGUAAUUAUUAUCCAUAA